AUGAAACGUCUUCAUCCUUCUGUUAAUAAAACCUAUCAAGAUAUUUGGCAUCGAGUGACCGCAUCGUUUUCUCCACAUAUGCUAGAGUCAUUUCUUACCCCUUUAUUGCUUCAUGCACAAAAUUGUGAUCUUUCAAACGUUCCCACUCCAGUUUCCAUUGAGAAUCAAUCGCGACAUUUGAUUCGUAAAAUUGCUAAAAUAUUAAUGCUAUUAAUUGGAAAUGGAAAUAACGAAUCUAUAUUGUUUUUAAUUAAAUAUAAAUAUUUUGUGGAAAUACUUUCAAGAUUAACUGAUGAAACUGGAAACGUAUUAGACUUUGAAUUAAAUUCUGAAGAUGAGGAAGUAAUAUAUUUAAGGCAAUUAGUAGAAGUUAAGGACGGGCUUCUGGAUUUGCCAGAGAUUGAAAAUGAUGUUGUUGCUGAAGAUCAAGAAGAAAUAGUAUCAAAAUCUGAUCAAAUUGUAGAUUCCUCUGAGAAACAUUUUAAUACUGAAAUUCCUAUCGUCAGCAUAUCUACAACAGAAAAUGUCGAUUCUCAGCCUGCGGAUUCUGAUGAUGAUGACGAAUUCGAACCGUAUCCGAUGGAAGAAGAAAGCGAAAAUGAUGAUGAUAAAUGUGAGCCACAAAUAAAAAAGAAGAAAAUUCUUUCUCCGACGGAAAUAGCGAUGAAUACUGCCGCAAAACUAAUUAGAAAUAAAACAGGAUUUGGGAUGGAAUUGGAUGACCAUGUCGUUGAAUUGGCAAGAAUACUUAUUAAUUUACGGGAUGCUUUCGAACUUAAAGGGUUUGAAGAAAAUCGACAAGCCGCAGUGGUCGCUCUUGUAUGUGGAAGUCCCAAGAUCACCGUACCGUAUGCAUAUUAUUCAACAAUGCACACUGUGCUCAUGAUCUUGUCUGCAUUAUCAUCAGCUGCAAAAGAAUUAUCUGGACUACAGAUAGAAGAGGAUAUACCUGCCAAAAAAGAAAUUUCAUCUGUAGAUUUAAUUACUCAGUCAACAAAUGAUCUCAGCUUAAUAACUAAAAAUGCCUUAAGUAAACCGGCAUCAGAUAAAAUACUAUGCGCGUCUUAA